UUCAAGUAUCCUGUCACUGAAGAUGUAGCACCAGGCUACAAUGACAUUAUUCAGGAACCAAUGUCAUUUUCAGAGGUCUUGAAAAGAUUAACAUGUCACUUUUAUACAGAUUUUGAUACAUUUGAACGUGAUAUAUCUUUAAUUUGGAAAAACUGCAUGACGUACAAUAGACCAGAUACCUCUUAUUAUAAACUCGCUCAGCGUCUGCAGAAA